CGCUUACUGGUGUCCUAACAUUAAUGUUACUAACAUGUUUUCCUCGCUGCUUCUGCUUUUGAUAUUAGCUGCCAGUUAUACAUUUGUAGAAUGUGCUUGUCCCCAUGGAUGGAUUCUACAUGGUAAAUCAUGCUAUCAUUUUAGCCAUGACACCGAGGAAUGGAUCGGAGCUUUGGCUGUAUGUCGAGAGCUAGGUGGACAGCUUGUUGAAAUAGAGGAUGCUGAUGAAGAUACCUUCAUCAUUCAUGAAGCAAGACGUCAUCACAAAAGCUAUUGGAUUGGAUUGUCAGAUAUUCAGGUAGAAGGGACUUGGGUAUGGAUGAGCAGUAAGAUACCCCUAGUGCCAGGGGAUUAUAAGAAUUGGGCAAGAGGUCAACCCGACAAUCACAAAGGAAAUGAAAAUUGUGUGAAUUUAGAGGAAGAUUUCGGGACGUUGUGGAACGACUUGUCAUGUCACAUAUUUCAAAACUACAUUUGUGAACGCCUUGCUCAAGAUCUUGACAUUGUGGGUUGAAAUAUAAUGUCUUUUAGAACUAAUAAACCUAUUGUAAAGAG